AUGACUCAGGAAGCCCUACCCUCUGAGCCCUGUCACCCCACCACUUAUCACUCGUCCCAUUCUCCACCCACCCACCCACCCAGAGCAUCCUGCCCUCAGCUAGGUGAGUCUGCUGGAAAAUUACUGCCCACGUACGGGGUGACUCUGGGCCUGGGGCAGUGCAGGAGCUCUAUAAAAGCCGGCCAAACUCCCCACUCGCUCAGCCACUUCUCUUGCCUCCACCUCCUUGGGAACCAGGUGCACCUCCCACCCUCAGACAUGUCCUGCUACAACCCAUGCGUGCCACGCCAGCUCUGCGGCCCGACCCCGCUGGCCAACAGCUGCAAUGAGCCCUGUUUCAGACAGUGCCAGGACUCCACCGUCGUCAUCGAGCCCUCUCCCGUGGUGGUGACCCUGCCCGGCCCCAUCCUCAGCUCCUUCCCGCAGAACACCGCCGUGGGAUCUACCACCUCCGCUGCCGUUGGCAGCAUCCUCAGCUCUCAGGGAGUCCCCAUCUCCUCCGGAGGCUUCAGCCUCUCUGGCAUCGGCGGCCGUUACGGUGGCACCCGGUGCCUGCCCUGCUAA